CCAACGUCUAUCAAACUGAAAAUACUGGGCUGUUUGCUUCCGAAAUUUUUUCAUUUUUUCACUAGAUUUCAACGCAUUCACAUCGUAUUCAGAGAGCUUUUAACAAAAUGUUUACGAAAAGACUGGAACGGAUGUAUCAACCCCCCUCGGACCUGAAGAGAUAUGAUAAUGAAGGAUACAUGCAAAAUCCAUUGCUCAAAUUCCGGCUUGCCGAUAUCCAGCGUCAGCGACAUUCGCGUUUUCUCAAAUACCGCGCUGCCGUCGAGAAGGUCAAUUUGUGUCGCAAACCGCUACCACCUGAACCUGAUAUGCGGCUCUUACCCGAAAACGAUUACAUUGAUAAUUUGCGUCGCGAAGUACGCAAAAUAGAAGUGCCAAAAAUGUUGCGAAAAACCGAAAAGAAGAUUCUUAGCUACGCACCAACACGUUUAAAAUCCAAGUAUCCUGAGCUGGUCGACAACUAUAUGAAAGAUGUGCACGAGGAAUUCGAUCGUCUCAUGAAGAUUUACAGCAUGAAUUGCAUACUAGUGCAUCCAGAAUUCGCCGAUGAGGAUCCGGCACAAUUUGUACUGCCACGCAAAGAUUUUCACUUCAAGUUACCCGGCCGCACAGCAAAUUAUCCGAAAUUUCUGGAGAAUAAGCGUAAGAUCAACAGAAAGCUACUUAUUGUGUAUCCACAAGUGCGUAUGAUUUUAAAUACUUCCGAAUUGGAAUUUCCCAAAACAAUGGUGGUGUUAGAUCCGAUAACGCUCGGUUCGAGUCACGUACAAGCGACAAUGGGACUCGGCGGUCGAGAAGCGUUGUUUUACAAAACAUUUAUAAAAUAUGUGGAAACCAAUUUGGGAGAUGUAAGCAAUUUUAUACGAUGGACAUGGUACCCGAAAAUGGUCUCCCUUAUACGUCGUCAAUUCCGUAGACGCAUAAUGCCUAAUUGGCUCAAGUUGCAUAUGUUCAAAUGUGUGGAGGCGCUGAUGAAUAGACAAAUAAAUAUGCUCAAAAUAAAUACACUGGAUGAGUUUUUGCGUGUCGGAUCUUCGGAAAGGAAAAUUCCGACGUUGAAAAUUAAUAUGAUCUAUCAGGAAGAUGAGAAUACUGUAGAUCUAGAUCCGAGUUUGGAAACCAUUUACGACAUGUAUGUGCAUCUCGUAAAUCAGACGGCACUUGUGGCCACUGAUAUAGAGCCCUUAGAGCCGCAAAUCGAUUCCACACUGGUUAAUAAUGCAUCUGCAUAUCUGCGCAUAUCCAUGAACGAAUAUUGGCUAAAUGAAUAUAAAGUUAAGUUGAGAAAUGUAUUGAGACGCACAUAUGAGCCGAUAAAGGACUACAUUAUUGGCUAUAAAAGUAAAUAUUACAAUCUUUAUGCGGACGAUGUGCGUCGUGAUCUUGACGAGUUCUUGAGCGAGUCUCGGGAGUUUGACGAGUACUUCAAGCGUAUCGCGACUUACUUUGAGUUUAUACGCAUGUUACAAGGGGAACCGGAAAACGAUUUUUUUGAGAUGUGUGUUAUCUGCAAUAAAGCAGCGAUUGUGGCACUGAGACGCAUUGCCGACGAUUUAAUUGCACGCAUAACUGAACAAAUGGUUAAGGAGCAUAUAAAAGCCGAAGAGGAGAUCUGUGCUGCAUUCGAGGAUAUCAAAACCAAGGCAUUGACAGUACCUAGAUCAACAGAAGAACUACUCGCGAGCGCCGAUUAUAUGAUACUCGUGAAAAGGGAACUUAUAUUCGCAUUACGAGAUCGCAUACAAUAUUGCCUUCAAGUUGGCACGAAUCUGGUUGAGUUGACCGAAAUGUCACCAUACCAUUUCGAUCUUACCAUACGCACCAUUAAUUGGCUACAAGACAUUAACGAAAUCUGUGAUUACAAUGCUUCGCAACAAGAGCAUUACAAAUUUCUUUUUGAGGAGCAUCUGCAGGAUGUCAUUAAGAAACUCAAUGAGGACAUCGAUGCUAUGCUGCCAAACUUAGCGAUCAUUGAUGAUAUGAGUGAACCCGAACAGUUUCGGCACAACUAUAUACUGUUACGAAAUUUCAUGGGCCAACUGAAGACGUUCGACGACUACGUUGCAUGGAUCAAUAAGGAGGAGAAACUAUUUAAGAUGGCGCAAACAUCAUAUCCAAAAUUGGAAGUUAUGAAAGGUUUCAUUAUUCCAUUUGCAGACCUAAUGAAGUCUUGCAUUGAAUGGAUGCGUUACUUGAAUGUCUGGAUGUAUGGACCUUUUGAGUACCUCGAACCGAAAUUUGUGGAGGAAACAACCGAUAACUUUUUAAAAGAAUUUCAGAAAAACCAAAAGUAUUAUCGCGUCAAAAUCAGACAAGACCAAAUUGAAACACCAAUUUGCAUGUUUCGGGGACAAACUGAAGAUCCCGAUCCGGAAAAACAUCCCGUCCCCAUUAGACUUUGCACCAAAAUGAUUAAAACAAUAAAAGAUUUCACUACGGGCGUCUUUAUUGUUAAUAUAAUGUGUAAUCCAGCAUUACGUAAACGUCAUUGGAAGGAAAUGUCUGAGAUUGCCGGUUUCGAUAUAACACCGGAUGCCGGCACCACAUUAAAGAAAAUUAUAGAUAUGAAUCUUGACACCAAAUUGGAUCAAUUUGAAAUUAUCAGUGUCGGUGCUAACAAAGAACUGCAACUCCAGAAUAACUUACAUGCAAUGAUACGAGAAUGGGAUUCAAGAUUCUUUCCCACGGGUCCAUAUAAAGACACUGGCGUUAUGAUACUUUCGAAUUUGGACGAUAUUCAGGCACUGUUGGAUGAUCAUAUACUCAAAACUCUUACAAUGCGCGGAUCGGCUUUUAUGAAGCCGUGUGAAGAUGAAGUAUUGGCGUGGUACGAUAAAAUAAUGCGUGUAAAUGCUACUCUCGACCAGUGGGGUAAAGUUCAAUCGAAUUUCUUAUACCUACUGCCGAUAUUCUCCUCAAAAGAUAUCGUGGCGCAAAUGCCAGAAGAAGGUCGUCUUUUUCAAGUUGUAGAGCAGACAUUUACGCGCAAUAUGGCUAUGGUGCUGCGCCAACCACUUGUAAUGGAAACUGCGCCACAAGCUGGACUCCUCGAAUCGUUGAUAAAAGCAAAUGAACUGCUCGACGACAUCACCACCGGUGUGAGUAAUUAUUUGGAAAAGAAACGAUUGUACUUUCCGCGUUUCUUCUUUUUAUCCAAUGACGAAAUGUUAGAAAUAUUGUCCGAAACGAAAGAUCCACUCCGUGUGCAACCGCAUUUGAGCAAAUGUUUCGAAGGUAUAAAUCUGCUUGAAUUCGAUUCCGAAAAGAAUGUGCUUGCAAUGAUAAGUAGUGAUGAGGAGAAGGUUAAUUUUGUCGAGCAAGUAUCUACCGCUGCCGCAGGUGGCAGCGUGGAAAAGUGGUUGGUUGGUGUUGAAGCAGAAAUGCUGAAAGCUGUGCGCAAUGAGAUGGAUCGAUCCUACGGACACUAUUCCACAGUACAACGCUUUGAUUGGGUAUUACACUGGCCGCAAAUGGUCGUACUAUGUAUUUCUCAGGUGUACUGGGCAUCCAUGGUGCACAUGAAUUUACGUCGGUCUGCUUUGAAUCAAAUUGCCAUGACUGAUUUUUUCGGCAGUCUUAACAGGGAUUUGAAUGAUAUUGUCGCCUUAAUACGAUCCACGCAUAUAAAUAACCUAAACCGCAUAGCUAUCAAGUCGUUAAUCGUAAUUGAUGUACAUGCCAAGGACGUCGUUGAAGAUCUGAUACGCAUGAAGAUUAGCAGUGAGUUUGAUUUCCAAUGGAUGGCUCAAUUGCGUUAUUACUGGGAGAAUGGUGACAGUCUUGUGCGCAUUAUAAAUGCAACUGUGCCGUAUGCUAAUGAGUAUUUAGGCAAUUCAGAUCGUUUAGUAAUCACGCCUUUAACUGAUCGUUGUUAUCGCACUUUGGUUGGUGCCUAUCAACUUCAUCUGAAUGGUGCACCAGAAGGUCCAGCUGGUACGGGAAAAACCGAAACGACCAAAGAUUUGGCCAAAGCACUGGCCGUGCAAUGUAAAGUAUUCAAUUGUUCGGACGGUUUGGACUACAAAGCUAUGGGAAAGUUUUUCAAAGGACUCGCCUCUUGUGGCGCUUGGGCUUGUUUCGAUGAAUUCAAUCGCAUUGAGUUGGAGGUACUCUCCGUGGUGGCUCAACAGAUUUUGCUUAUCAUACAAGCAGUCCGCGCCAAAGCUGUUAAAUUUAACUUCGAAGGCACAGAAUUAACACUAAAUCCGGCUUGUUAUGUUUGCAUAACCAUGAACCCAGGUUACGCAGGACGAUCUGAGUUGCCUGACAACUUAAAAGUACUCUUCCGUUCGGUUGCAAUGAUGGUGCCCGACUAUGCAAUGAUUGGCGAAAUAUCAUUGUAUUCCUACGGCUUUGUAGAUGCGCGAAAACUGUCGGUGAAAAUCGUCACCACAUAUCGUCUAUGCUCGGAGCAGUUGUCCAUGCAAAACCACUAUGAUUAUGGAAUGCGCGCUGUCAAGACCGUACUAUCGGCGUGUGGUAAUCUGAAGAAGAAAUUUCCGUAUGAAGUGGAGGACAUAUUACUGUUACGUUCACUGCUCGAUGUUAAUCUACCCAAAUUUAUGUCUUUUGACAUACCACUGUUCGAGGGCAUUAUUUCGGAUAUAUUUCCAGGUGUAGUGUUACCCGAAACCGACUAUUCCUUGAUUGAGUUCGAAUUUAAACGAAUUUGUGCUGAAAUGGUGCUGGAGCCGACUGAAAGUUUUCUUAUCAAAGUCAUACAAACUUACGAAAUGAUUAUCGUCCGACAUGGCUUUAUGAUGGUAGGAGAGCCGCUAGCUGGUAAAAGUAAAACACUUGAAGUACUCGCAAAAGUGUUGUCCGCCCUUAAAAUCAAAGCUCCAAGCAAAAGUUCAUACUUCCAACAUGUGCUAAUGGGUAUAAUGAAUCCAAAAUCAAUCACAAUGAAUCAGCUAUACGGUUCAUUCGAUCCCGUCUCGUAUGAGUGGAAUGACGGUAUAAUAGCGAAAAUAUUUCGCGAGUUUGCUAUGACACCCACACCAGACAGGAAAUGGGUUAUCUUUGAUGGUCCUGUAGAUGCAGUUUGGAUAGAAAAUAUGAAUACAGUAUUGGACGAUAACAAAAAGCUGUGCCUCAAUUCUGGCGAAGUUGUAACCAUGAGCAAUGAAAUGUCUAUGAUCUUCGAAGUGAUGGAUCUGGCUCAGGCAUCCCCAGCUACAGUGUCACGUUGCGGUAUGAUAUAUAUGGAGACCGCUUCUUUGGGCUGGCGUUCCUUUGCAAAUUGUUGGCUGAAGAAAUGUAACCCAAUUUGGGCAGAUGAUGAAACCAAAGAAUAUAUAUUGGAAUUUUUAAGAUGGUUGUUGGAACCGUGUCAAGCAUUUAUACGCAGAAAUUGUAAGGAGCACAUAAAGCCGGGCGAAUUCAAUUGCUUAACUACAACAUUCGACAUAAUUGAAAUGUUGCUAGAUGAUGCAGUUGAGGAGAACCCCGAUGAAUAUCAGAGACACAUGCAGAUUUACGUACAAGCUUCCAUACUUUAUUCAUUUGUUUGGGGUAUAGCGGGUGUACUGGACACAGCAUCUAGGGAGAAGUUUGAUAGUUUUCUAAAAAGUAUGUGGCUAGGCGAGGAAAUACCAGCCAGCAUUGGGAAAUUGGAGAUUUCUGUGCCAGUGGAAGGCCUGCUUGUUGAUUAUGUGUACGUGUUUAAGCAGCGUGGCGCGUGGAAGUCAUGGACAGAAUUGGCAAAGCGUAUGGAGGUCGAGGAAAAUUCAAUGAGUGUACAAGUGCCAACAUUAGAUUCUGCUAGAUAUAUACAUCUGCUGGAAAUGCAUAUUAAAAAUCAACGCAAAAUGCUACUUGUGGGACCAACGGGAACCGGCAAGAGCGCUUAUAUUCAAAAUUACCUUAUGAAUAAAAUUGAUCGAGAAACUAUCGAAUCGGCAUUUAUAACAUUUACCGUUAUGAUUACAGCCAAUCAAACACAAGAACUCCUUAUCUCAAAGCUUGUCAAGUGGAAACGCGGCAUUUAUGGCCCACCAAAGGGUAUGAAAACUGUACUCUUCGUUGACGAUAUGAAUAUGCCGGUGAAAGAGAUAUAUGGCGCACAGCCACCGUUAGAAUUACUACGGCAAUAUUUUGAUUACGGUCAUGUGUAUGAUUUGAAGGAUACCUCGAAGAUUUUCAUAAAUGAUCUAUUGGUCAUAACCGCCUGUGGUUUGCCUGGUGGCAGCCGGCAGGAUGUGUAUGCUCGUUUCCUCAAUCAUUUUAAUGUUUUCUCGAUCAACACAUUCGGCGAUGAUACUAUGAAUCGUAUAUUUGUGAAUGUAUUGAUGAAUGGAUUCAAACGUUCUGGCCAUGGUAAUGACGUUUUUGUGCCCACAAACCAGAUCGUUAGUGCCACACAACAGAUUUAUAAAAGUGUACAGGCUGAAUUGCGUGCGACACCUGCGAAGUCCCAUUAUAUUUUCAAUUUACGUGACAUUGCGCGAGUUGUCUCCGCUUGUGCGCUAUUCAAAAAGGAAUCGGCUAAUGAUAAAAAAAUGUUCCCACGCUUAUGGUAUCACGAAGCGAUGCGAGUGUUUUACGAUCGUCUUGUCGAUGAGUCUGAUCGCCAAUGGAUGUUUCAGAAGCUGAAUGACUGUGUCAAGAAUAAUUUUAGGGAGAAGUUGGAAUCGGUAUUUGAGAAUUACUGCACAAAUGUGGGUGGCGAACUAACGUUCACAAUCGAGGGCGCUCAUCGUAUAUUCUUCGGCGCUUACAUGGACGAGGACAAUAUACCGGAUGAACGACGUUACGAAGAGCUACCGUCCAUGGAAGUAUUUUUCAAAUUCGCCUCAACUAGUUUAGAGGACUACAAUUCUACGCGACGUUCCAAGAUGGACAUUACACUAUUUACAUUCGCGUUAGAACAUCUUAAUCGUAUUUGUCGCAUUAUUGCCAUUAAUGGUGCCAGCGCUCUUUUGAUCGGUAUGGGUGGAUCAGGUAGACAAUCACUUACCAAGCUGGCCUCCAACAUGGUGCAGACAUCUUUCUUUCAACCAGAGAUCACCAAGAAUUACGGACCAAAUGAUUGGCAUGAUGACAUAAAGAAUAUAAUGAAGGAAUCCGGUGGCUUAAAUAAACAUACGGUAUUUCUUAUGACCGAGAAUCAGAUAAAAAUGGAGUUGUUCCUCCAAGAUAUCGACUGUUUAUUGAAUCAGGGUGAAGUACCCAAUGUUUACGCUAUUGAUGAGAAGCAAGAGAUAUUGGAAUUGGUGCGGUUAGCGGCUCAGGGUGGUAACCGGAAUAUAGAUAUUUCUCCGCUACAAGUAUUCUCUUUCUUCGUCAAUCGCUGUAAACAAAAGUUGCAUAUUGUACUAUGUCUUUCACCGAUCGGCGAUGCGCUCCGUACUCGCGUACGUUUAUAUCCAUCACUAGUGAACUGCUGCACAAUCGACUGGUAUCAGAGUUGGCCAGAGGAAGCUCUGACCAUGAUUGCAAAAAUAUCGUUAGAAGGCGUUAAUGUGCCCUCGACAAGUAUUAAAGAUUCAAUUGUACAAAUUUGUCAGUAUUUUCAUAUAAGUGCGGCAAGAGUUUGUAGAGAAUUCUGCGAGCUUACAGGACGACACAUUUACCAGACAAAUGCAUCAUUUCUGGAGCUAAUCAAGUCCUUUCAAAAUCUGAUUGGACGCAAACAAACUGAAAUUAUGGAGGCCAAAAUGCGCUAUAUCGGAGGCUUGGAUACAUUAGCGAAUGCUGCCGCAGCCAUUGCACUAAUGCAGAAAGAGUUGAAUGCCUUACAGCCUCAGCUUGUAGCACUUGCUGAAAAGUCAAGACAAAUGUUAAUUGAAAUCAAUAAAGAAACCAUAGCUGCCAGUGCGGCUGCUGAGCAAGUGAAGAAAGACGAAGAGGUGGCUGCAGUGCAGGCCGAAGCCGCGCAGGCACUAAAAGAUGAAUGUGAAAAGGACUUAGCACAAGCUAUACCGGUACUUGAGGAAGCCAUACAAGCGCUGAACACUUUGAAACCUGCUGAUAUUACCUUGGUUAAGUCAAUGAAAAAUCCACCCCCUGUGAUUAAAUUGGUUAUGGCCGCGGUUUGUGUUAUAAAGGGUGUGCCGGCUGAAAGAAUACCUGACCCCAGUACUGGAAAAAUGGUAAACGACUAUUGGGGUCCCAGCAAACGUAUAUUGGGUGAGAUGAAUUUUCUACAACAGCUUAAAGACUUCGACAAGGAUAAUAUAAAACCGGAAAUUAUGACACGCAUACGCAAAGAGUUCAUACCGAAUAAAGACUUCCAACCACGUAUUGUUGCUAAAGCAUCUAGCGCAGCCGAAGGUUUAUGCAAAUGGAUAAUAGCAAUGGAUCUGUACGACAAUGUAGCGAAAGUGGUGGCGCCCAAAAAGGCAAAAUUAGCUGCUGCAGAAAAAGAAUACUCGGACACAAUGAAAUUUUUAACAGAAAAACGAGAACUGGCGGCGGCAUUAGAAGCCAAAGUCGCCAAACUUAAUGAGGAGUUGGACAAGGCCAAUGCCGAAAUGAAACGUACUCAAGAUGAAGCAGACUUCUGUCAAAGUAAAUUAGAACGUGCCACAGCGCUUAUUGAUGGUUUAGGCGGUGAAAAAUCUCGCUGGACUCAAGCAGCUAAUAACUUACAAAGUAUAUACGAUAAUUUACCUGGAGAUAUUCUUCUCUCAUGUGGUAUCAUUGCAUAUCUGUCUGCCGUGAAUCUCUUUUAUAGAACACAAUGUACCUUGGACUGGUUUAAACGUUGUGUGCAGGCUGGCAUUCCCACAUCGAAAGAAUAUAAUAUCACUAUAACGCUUGGUUUGGAGAUCACCAUACAAAAUUGGAACAUUAAUGGUCUGCCAAAAGAUGUAUUUUCCACUGAAAAUGCCAUCAUAGCCGAUAGUUCCAGUCGCUAUAGUUUAUUUAUAGAUCCGCAGGGUCAGGCAAAUAGUUGGAUAAAAAAUAUGGAAAGAAAAAAUCGACUGAGCAGCGUCAAAUUCAAUCAGGCUAAUUAUAUGAAAGUGAUUGCCGAGUGUAUGGAAUAUGGCUCACCAGUGAUUAUAGAAAAUGUGCUUGAAGAAUUGGAGGUUCCUCUAGAUCCGAUAUUGAUGCGGAAAAUAUUCAAACAGGGCGGACAGAAUUUCAUAAGUUUAGGCGAUAACAUAGUACCUUUGCAUGAUAAUUUUCGACUCUACAUGACAUGUAACUUGAGAAAUCCACAUUUUCUACCAGAAACCUUCAACAAAGUGACUAUUAUUAACUUUGCGCUAACACAGAACGCUCUCGAAGAUCAACUUUUGAGCAUUGUGGUUGCAAAGGAACGACCGGAUUUACAAGAACUCCGUAUGAUGUUGAUAAAUGAAGCAGCUAAAAAUAAAGCCGCUUUGCGUGACGCUGAAAAUAUGAUUUUAAAAACUUUAUCCGCCGCCGAAGGUGAUAUUUUGGAAAAUGAGAGUGCCAUACAAAUCCUAAACGAAUCUAAGGAGCUCUCAUUGGAUAUCGUUGCAAAGCAGGCUGCGUCACGUGAGACUGAAAUUAAAAUUGAAGCAUUCAGAUUGAAUUAUAAGCCUGUAGCUGUGCAUUCGUCUGUGCUUUAUUAUUCCAUCACCGAUUUGCCAAACAUAGAUCCGAUGUAUCAAUUUUCGUUGAAUUGGUAUAUCAAUCUCUAUGAGUAUUCCAUUGAGUCUGCAAACAAAUCUAAAGAUCUGCCGCGUCGCAUAAAGUUCUUGGUGGAUGGUGUGACAAAAAAUCUAUACAACAAUGUUUGUCGUUCCAUUUUUGAGAAGGAUAAGUUACUCUUCUCUUUCAUUCUAACAUGUAGAAUAUUGUUGGGUACCGGCCAACUGAAGAUGGUGCAACUGUCACAUUUACUCACAGACGCUAAAGUUAAUGAUAAAAACGUACCCAAUCCCGAUCCCUCUUGGAUUACGGAUAUAAUAUGGAUGAAUAUCGUACGUUUAGAAGAUCUACCUGAACUACGUGGUUUUGCUGCGAGCUUUGCUAAAGGUUUACAUGAUUGGAAGCGUAUCUACGAUCAUAUUGAGCCCGAAAACCAGACAUUACCAUCACCUUGGAAUGACAAGUUAUCACGAUUCGAAAAAAUACUUGUAUUGAGAGCUUUACGUCCGGAUAAGGUAUUUAUAGCCAUAAGUAAUUAUAUUGCUGCCGAAAUGGGCACUCAGUUUGUGACGCCGCCUGAAUUCGACAUUGGUAUGUCAUAUAAAGAGUCCAAUGCAUUGACGCCACUCAUUUUUAUACUAUCACCUGGUGCUGACCCACUUGGUUCACUGCUGGCCUAUGCUGAGAAAGCAGGCUUCAUGGACACUUUCCAAAGCAUAUCGCUUGGUCAAGGUCAAGGUCCUAUUGCUCUGGGACUUAUUAAGGAUGCACAAGAUCUGGGUUACUGGGUUUGCUUGCAAAACUGUCAUUUGGCUGCUUCAUGGAUGCCAACAUUAGAGUACGUCUGGGAAAAUAUGGACACCUUUAACACGUCACCUAACUUCCGAUUAUGGCUCACAAGCUACCCCACACCAAGAUUUCCAGUAGCCUUACUACAGAAUGGAGUUAAGAUGACUAAUGAACCACCUACCGGCCUCAAGGAGAAUAUCAUGCGGUCUUACAACUCGGAACCAAUCAACGAUCCGACCUUCUAUUUAGGCUGCGCCAAACAAGAUCGAGCUUUUACUCGUCUGCUCUUCGGUAUUUGUUUUUUCCAUGCAGUCGUACAGGAGCGUCGCAAAUAUGGACCAUUGGGUUGGAAUAUCGCAUACGGUUUCAAUGAAUCCGAUCUUCAAAUAUCUGUUUUGCAAUUGAAUAUGUUACUCAAUCAGUAUGACCAUGUGCCCUAUGAUGCGCUUUCUUAUCUGACGGCCGAGUGUAAUUAUGGUGGCCGUGUCACAGACUACUGGGAUCGUCGAGCCAUUGUCACAAUACUUGCGGAUUAUCUAAAUCCAGACGCUGUUAAUGAUAACCGCUACCGAUUCGCAACUGAUGAUCGUUUCAUAUUGCCACGCAAGACGGAACACCGUGAAAUAUUACGUUAUGUUGACGAAAACUAUCCAUCAUUAGCAGCACCGGAAGUUUACGGUCUGCACGGCAACUCAGGCAUCACACGAGAUCUGCAAACUACCAAAACCCUACUUGACUCUAUGAUUGCGAUUGUUGGAAGCGAAAUGGCUUCGACUGGAGCCGGUACACAGAGUCUUGACGAAACUUUAUUACAUACCGUUGCCCACAUAGUUAAAACUAUGCCAGCCGAUAUGGACAUUGAUAACGCCAAAACUAAGUAUCCAGUUAAUUACAAUGAAUCUAUGAACACUGUGUUGGUGCAGGAAAUGGAGCGUUUCUUGAAGUUGCAGAAAGAGAUACGCGCCUCGUGUCGUGAUCUUGAUAUGGCUAUAAAAGGCAUCGUUGUCAUGACUCCGGAUUUGGAGAAUGUCUUGAAUGCCAUUAAACUAAAUCGAAUACCUGUCAAAUGGCUGUCAAAAUCAUAUCCUAGUCUAAAAACUUUAGGUUCCUACAUUCAAGAUUUAUAUAGACGCCUCGAUUGGCUGCAACACUGGUAUGCACAUGGAAAACCACCUACUUUUUGGUUGUCAGGGUUCUUCUUCACACAAGCCUUUCUAACUGGCGCCAUGCAAAACUUUGCUCGAAAAUACAAAAUUCCAAUCGAUACUUUAACAUUCGACUUUGAGGUCUUAUAUGAGGAGAGCAUGAAAACUGCACCUGUGGACGGUGUUUACAUAAACGGACUCUUUCUGGAAGGUGCUCGUUGGAAUUUGAAAGAGAAUGUCGUAGACGAACAACUACCGAAAGUACUGAUUUACACCGUCCCUGCCAUAUAUUUCAAACCGGUGGAGAUUUUAAAACUCAUUGAAGGUACCCGCUAUAAAUGUCCUCUAUAUAAAACAUCUGAACGCAAGGGUGUACUCUCAACUACCGGUCAUUCAACAAAUUAUGUAAUUCCGAUACUGCUCAAAACGAAAGUAAAGGCCACGCAUUGGGUUAAACGCAGCGCUGCUUUACUAUGCCAAAAAACGGAUUAA